ACUACAUAUCCCAUCGAGCACCUCGGCGGGCCAGACGGCAUCCGGCGGACCGGGCUGUGAAGAGGAAAAUUUAGGUUAAACGUCAGUGGGUCAUUUGGAGGAACAGUCGGCUUGAACGCGGACGUUGGGGAAGUAUCUUUUUAUCAUUUGCCUAGAAUAAAUUAAGUCAUGCUGCUUCGUAAAGUGAGCCAGUCCUCCGCACUGUGCGGCGCCAUUCUGAGGAUUCCUCCCGUCCUGUCUGGAGGUCAGCGUCAUGCAGGGGCUGUGAUUGCUGCACAAAACGCUCGUUUCUAUGCCAGCCAAGCCGCAGAGGCUGUGCUGGAGAAACCUGCAGCAGUCAGCACUGAGGCUGCCACCAAAGCGGAAAAAAAGGCGGUUGUUACUGAGUCCAAAUCUUUUGCUGUCAACAUUUUCAAAGGCCAGGUCCAGACAGCACAAGUGUUCCCCUACCCCUCAGUCCUGAAUGAAGAGCAGGAGGAGUUUCUCCGAGAGCUUGUGGGGCCUUGCAGCAAAUUUUUUGAGGAGGUGAACGACCCUGCCAAGAAUGAUGCCUUGGAGAAGGUGGAGGAUCACACAAUGGAGGGCCUGAAGGAGAUGGGUGCCUUCGGCCUGCAGGUCCCUGCUGAUCUAGGCGGUCUUGGCCUAACAAACACACAGUACGCCCGUCUCGUUGAGAUCGUCGGCAGUCAUGAUCUGGGUGUUGGCAUCACUCUUGGUGCUCACCAGUCAAUCGGCUUCAAGGGGAUUCUGCUGUUUGGGAAUGCAGCCCAGAAGGAGAAAUAUCUGCCGAAGCUUGCCUCAGGUGAGACCAUAGCUGCCUUCUGCCUCACUGAGCCUGCCAGUGGCUCUGAUGCUGCCUCCAUCAGGUCCACAGCCGUCCAGUCCCCCUGUGGAAAAUACUUCACCCUCAACGGAAGCAAGAUCUGGAUCAGCAAUGGAGGCAUUGCUGAAAUCUUCACCGUGUUUGCCAAGACGCCCAUGAAAGAUCCGAAGACUGGAGAGAUGAAGGACAAGAUUUCUGCCUUCAUUGUGGAGAGGAGCUUUGGAGGCGUGACAAGCGGUCCUCCUGAGAAGAAAAUGGGCAUUAAGGCGUCUAACACAGCUGAGGUCUACUUCGAUAAUGUCCGUGUGCCAGCCGAGUGCCUCCUGGGCGAGCUGGGCGGAGGUUUCAAGGUGGCCAUGAACAUCCUGAAUAACGGGCGCUUUGGCAUGGCCGCAGCUCUCUCCGGCACCAUGAAGGGCGUCAUAACUAAAGCUGUAGAUCAUGCCGUGAACAGAACCCAGUUUGGCAACAAGAUCCACAACUAUGGAGCCAUUCAGGAGAAGAUCGCUCGCAUGAUUCUGCUGCAGUAUGUCACUGAGUCGAUGGCCUACAUGAUCAGCGGCAACAUGGACAGCGGAGCGACUGAAUUUCAGAUAGAGGCUGCCAUCAGCAAGAUCUUUGCCUCUGAAGCAGCCUGGUCAGUGACAGACGAGUGUGUUCAGGUUAUGGGCGGCAUGGGUUUCAUGAAGGAUGCUGGAGUGGAGAGGAUUAUGAGAGAUCUGAGAAUCUUCCGUAUCUUUGAGGGAACCAACGACAUCCUGAGGCUCUUUGUUGCCCUGAAUGGCUUCCAGAGUGCUGGUAACCAGCUGAAGAGCUUGCAGAAGGCCCUGAAGAACCCCAUCGGCAACGCUGGGCUGCUCGCUGGAGAAAUCACCAAGAGAGCCAAGAGGAAGGCAGGUUUGGGCACAGGGCUGACACUGCAGGGGACUGUACAUCCUGAGCUCGCUCACAGUGGAGAGCUGACCACAAAGGCCAUCGAGGCAUUUGGGGGUGUCAUUGAGGACCUGCUGAUCAAACAUGGCAAAAAAAUUAUUGAUGAACAGUUUGUCCUGAAGAGAGUUGCUGACAGCGCCAUUGACCUCUACGCCAUGAUUGUUGUCCUCUCCAGAGCUUCUCGCUCUCUGAGUCAGGGCUCCCCCUCAGCUCAGCACGAGAAGAUUCUGUGUGAGACCUGGUGUGUGGAGGCUUAUGAUAGGAUCAUGCACGACCUGAAGGCUCUGCGCUCCAGUGAGUCCAAAAAGCUGUUCAAGAACCUGCAGGCCAUCUCAUCAGCUGUGGUGCAGAACGGUGGUGUGGUGGCUCCUCACCCUCUGGGUUUCUAAACGCAUCGCACCCCCCUCAUAUGUUCCAUGUUUUAUUUUUUUACCUCUGGAUCUCUAACCAGGCUGUUGGUCAUGUAUGCCAAGUCCUUAGGAAAGUUUUUAAUCACCAUCAGUGCUUCAUUACACGUUUUACUUUGUGAAAUGAAGAUUCAGGCACUUAAAGCUGAAUGAUUCAUGUCUGUAGCCUCAUACAGAGUUAUCUCGAUUGUAUUGUCUUCGGUCUUUAAAAAACUUUCUAUCAUUAUUUAUUUAAUACUAAAUGAAGAGCUCAGUAGAUGGGAUGGGGAACUCAAUUUGAUUGAACAACAAUCUGUUAAAAUCAACGGGACAUUUAAUCCUUCCUUGCUCGUUUUUGCAUGGAAAACAGCUGAUGACUGAAAGACUGAGACAUUUUGCAUAUACGUUCUCCAAACCUUCAUGACUUUAGCUCAUGAUCUGUUAAAUCAUUACAUCAAUGCAACAAUAUAGAAGUCAAGUUUACAGAAGAAGCUGUAAACUCAUCUGUUUAAGUGAUUUAACUCUGUAUUUUAAAGAAGAGGUGUUAUUUCUGCUGUAAUUUGUACACUUAUUUACAUAGUCAAGAUCAAAUGUAUAUAACAGUGUGGUGAUUAUGUUCUAUAAUGCCUUUUUGCAUGUCUAAGCUCACUCGGUGCUCAUCACAGAAACAUUAGUGUCAGGAGCAAAGCCUUUGCCUUACAAAGCGGUCCACAGAUGCUACUUUUUUAUGUGCAGGUUGACUUUGCUCCUCCUGAUGAAGUCAGCAGGCCUCAUUAACUGUAAAUGCAGAAAAUAAACCUGGUACUUCUAAAGAAAAAA